AGGUUUGCUGUGAAACCCUGAGGGCUUCGAAAUCACAGCAACCGCAGCCAGAAACCAGGUCCCCGCGCUAGGUUGUGGGCGCGGGGUGGCGCCGACCUGGCCGCGCUCCCUGGAGAGAGGUCUCCACUGCCUCUUGUCCCCCUGCCCGCGCGGCCCCGGCCAGACAUCCCCGCCCCGCGCCGCGGAGGCGCCGCCGCGUCCGGGUACCGAGCCGGGGCAGCCGGAGCCCGGGCGGAGUGGGGCGGGGCGGAGGGGCCCUGGGGUUGCGGGAAACGCAGAGAGGGACCCGGACGCCCUCCAGCGGGCCGCCCUGGGGGCGGCGGGGAGGGGCCCGCCCGGCCUUAUUUCCUCAAGCGCCGGCGCCGCCCACCCGAAGCUCGGACCGGUCUAGCGCCGCGCCAGCCCGCGUCCAUGCAGCUCCGCAGGCAACCGCUUUCCGCUCCCCGGCCGGGGGACACGCGCCCCGCGGCCCAGCGGCUCGCGGUACCGCUGCUACUGCUGCUCGCCCUCCAGGGGGCGGCGGCGUCCGGGGAGCCCGAGGACUCCGGGUGGCUCCAGGACGCGGAGCCCUCGAGCCGGCUCCUCUCGCAGGCGGCGCGCGCGGCGCUGCACUUCUUCAACUUCCGCGCCGCCUCGCCCAGCGCCCUGCAGGUGCUGGCGAGUGUGCUGGACGGCCGCGCGUGGGUUAAUCAGAAGAAGGAAUAUAAAUUUGACCUGGUGUUUACCACAGAAUUCUACAGAGCAGAGGAAGGUGAGAAACGUCUGGGAACAUGUUCUGCUCAAGUAUUUUUCAGGAAUGAUAAACCCAGACCAGCUGUUAAUGUGACAUGUACUCAGCUCAUUAAGAAGGAGAGGAGACAGGAAGAGGAUUACCAGCUCUACAAGCUCAUGAAGCAGCUUAAAAGCCCCUUGAACGCAGUCAGGAUUCCUGAUAGUCAUGGAUAUAUUGCUCCAUCCCUGAGACCCAUCUGGAACCUAGCUUUUCUGGGCAGCUCUUACGUGAUGUGGCAAAAGACAACACCAUUUCUACACUACUUCAUGUCACAGAUUAGCAGUGUCAAGCAGUGGAAAACAAAUGAUGAUGCAAUUGAUUUUGAUUAUACUGUUCUACUCCAUGAAUUCUCAACACAGGAAAUUAUUCCCUGCCGUAUUCACUUGGUCUGGUACCCCGGCAAACCACUGAAAGUGAAGUACCACUGUCAAGAGCGACAGACACCAGAAGAAGGCUCUGGAACUGAAGAAGGAUCGGCUGUGGCACUGACGGAGCUUAGUAAUUUCUGAAAAGCAAGACACAUCUGUCUAUACCACAUUCUAAACAAAAUGACUGUACUCUGCACUAAAUAGCCUAAAUCAUUAUUCUAGUAAAACAGCCAAGUAUAAGGCAAUCUAAUAAUUUAGGAAAGCCUGUGAUUACAAAUAAAUAUUCAAACAUUAAAAGAUA